CCAUAUACAGGUGGGAGGAGCCUGUAGCACUAAGCUAGCUUGCAAGAUUCUUUUAGAAGCUUCCACAAACUUGGAUAUUUUCCAUCUCCUAACAAUGAGCCUCCACAGAAUGGUGCUGUCUCGUUCAUGGACCCUGGCAAAGUACUUUGAGGGGGCACCAAAAUUAUCAGACUUCAAACUAAAGGAGGUUGAAUUACCAAAACUAAAACAUGGAGAGGUGCUGGUGGAAGCAGAGUAUUUCAGUGUGGACCCAUACAUGAGGGCAUAUAGUAAGAGAAUGAAAGAGGGAGAUGUCAUGAUGGGCACCCAGGUUGCAAGGGUUUUGGAAAGUAAUAAUUCUGCAUUCCCAGCACACAGCUAUGUUCUUUCAAGUGCUGGCUGGACAACUCAUUACAUCUCUCAAGGCAAAGAUUUGACCCCAUUGCUUCCAAACUGGCCUGACAAUGUCCCCAAGUCUCUGGCUCUUGGAACAAUAGGUAUGCCUGGUCUAACAGCAUACUUUGGUUUAAAAGAGAUCUGCUUUGCAAAAAAAGGUGAAAUUGUCCUGGUCAAUGGAGCGGCUGGGGCUGUUGGCUCCUUGGUUGGCCAGAUAGCGAAAAUCAUGGGUUGUAAGGUGGUUGGCUCUGCAGGCUCAGAUGACAAAGUGGAAUAUUUGAAAGAAAUUGGUUUUGAUGAAGCUUUCAACUACAAGACAGUAAGCUCCUUAGAAGAAGCCUUGAAGAAGGCAUCUCCAGAGGGUUAUGAUUGCUUCUUUGAGAAUGUUGGGGGAUAUUUUUCAGAAGUGGCUUUGCAUCAGAUGAGAAAAUAUGGCAGGAUCGCUGUUUGUGGAGCUAUUUCUCUGUACAAUGAUUCAGUCCCUAGAAAAGGAGAAUAUGUCCAGAUCCCUUUACUUUUCCAAGAGCUGCGAAUGGAAGGAUUUAUAGUGCAGCGUUGGCUGAACAGAUACAAUGAGGGUCUGGAAAAACUUCUGCAAUGGGUUGUUGAGGGGAAGCUUAAGUACCAUGAGCACAUCACCAGGGGCUUUGACAACAUGCCCUCUGCAUUUAUCGGGAUGCUGAAAGGAGACAACAUUGGAAAAGCCAUCAUAACUGCUAAAUAAGGAUCUAGCCUGCUUUACUUUCCUACUGAGAGUGGCUGAAAUAAGCUCUGUGUGUUAUUAUGCAGCGGGAUACUGAUGUUCUAUAUUGUAUCUAGUCAUUUUAUAUUUUUGUAAUAUGUAAAUUGCAUUUCAAAUAUAUUUUAUGCGCUGUAAUGUUGGGGUCAAUUAGUGACCAAAUUGGAUGAAGUCAUUUAAUGAAUUAAUACACUGAAUAAUUAAACCUCUCUGUCACCCACUAAGGGGAAUGUGGGCAGUCCAUGAUUUAAUAAAAUAGGAGAGGGACGUUUUUUUUUUUUUUGUGGAGAAUUAGAUACAUUUAAUUGUGUAAGCAAAGCAAACUAUUUUCCUAUGUUUACCAGUAGAAGAAAUAUAGUUACAAAUGUAUUUGUGCUGUAAAAACACCAACAACGAAUUAAAAAUAGAGAUGAGCGGGUUCGGGUUUUACCCGGUUUUACUCGGAUUUACUCGGUUCUCAAAACUACAUCUUAUUGGCUAUCCAAAACACGAGACAUCCGUGAGCCAAUAAGAUGCCGUUUUGAGAACCGAGUAAAUCCGAGUAAAACCGAACCCGCUCAUCUCUAAUUAAAAAGAAUUCCUAUAGCUGGAAUACAGCUGAAACCACCCCCAAAAAACAUCCCAAUAUAAUUGGCAGUGCUGUCCCAGUAAUUCAGUGUUUUACGUUCUGAGUUGGAUCCAUGGCUUGCCUAAAGUGUAUUCCAAAAAGUAUGUCCAGAUCUGUAUGAGACAAGAAGACAAUGUAUGAGAUAUUGGGCUGUAUUUACAAAGUGGCGAUUUGUAUAAGCAACAGCUCUUUGGCGUGUUUCAGGUGAAAAUGUAAAGCCCUGCAUGCUGUACAUUUAAUGUGAGUGCCAUUUUUCACAUAAAACCCCCUAGAAGCUGAUGCUUAUAAAAGCCGCCACUUUGAAAAUAUAGCCCAGUAAGUUUUUCAUAAUCUACAGUUUUUCCCUCCUCACUAUAUUAGAAGAUGUGGUAUGGCACAAUGACUUACAAUGAAUGAUAAUUCAUAUUUGUUCACAUGCAUUCUUGAAAUAAAGGUUCUACAUAUUUUGCAUCA